AUGGCAGACGCAGGCAACAGCAAGGCGCGCGAGGUCAAGGUGGUGCUGCUGGGCGACACAGGUGUGGGCAAGUCCUCGCUUGUACUGCGCUUCGUUACCAACAACUUUCGUCCAUACUCCGAGUCCACAAUCGGCGCGUCCUUCAUGUCCAAGAUGAUCGUGGUCAACGACACGCCUAUUAAGUAUCAGAUCUGGGAUACCGCCGGCCAGGAAAAGUAUCACAGCUUGGCACCCAUGUACUACCGAGGAGCAGCUGCUGCUAUCGUUGUAUACGAUAUCACUAGAAAGCAAUCACUGACGACACUGAAGAACUGGGUGAAGGAGCUGAAGCAAUUGGGUCCCGACAAUAUCGUGAUUGCCAUUGCUGGUAACAAGAGCGACUUGGAGGAGAAGCGAGAGGUGCCGGCGUCACAGGCACGGGCAUAUGCUGGGGAGAUCGGCGCGUUGUUCAUUGAGACGAGUGCAAAGGAGGACACGAAUGUGUCGGACUUGUUCAUCCAGAUCAGCCAGGCGCUACCCACAGCUUCGGCUGAAAGUAAUGCACUGCCGGAGAUCGUGGACCCGUACGGAGGCGGUAAAAAGAAGUCGAGCGGCUGCUGUUAA